UUCGCGUUAGUUUGUUAGAUAAGUUAAUUACAAGUUUUUAGAAGAGUGAAUCAAGUACAUAUUCAAGUAUAUUAUAUUCAAGUGAAAACGUUUUGCUAUGAACGAAAGUGACUGGGAAAUUUAUUUUUAACGCGGAAUUCUAUGUAGGGCGAUUGGCGUAUAUUAAAGUGCAACCUUUGGCCAAAAACAUUUCAGUUAGUGAAAUGCACGGAACGUUUCGGUGUGCUUACUUCGUUCGGCGUUAAGAGAUAUUGUGAAAAUUUAUUGUAUUAACAUAAUAUAUAGAACUCGUAAAAAUGGUUAUCAAAAGAUCCAAACAAUACUUUUGUGCCCGAUUAUUUGAAUGCGGAGUUUUUCGCCACCGCACUUGAAGAAGGUUUGCGUGAAAUCCAUGUGACGGUUAAAGCAGUGGCUUUCGAAUGGGGCAGCAACCCCGGUAAUAAUUAUUGCUCAAGCAUCUAUCGCUUCUUGGUUGAUUUUGAGCGUGGAGGUGAGGAUGCUAAGACGCCGCUGCACGAGCAGCGAUCUUCUUCUUCUUGACUGGGUAGAAAAAUUGCACCUUUUCCACGAUAAUUUCAAACCCAUAUGCGCACACUUGGCAGAUCAUCGUGAGGGCGAUCGCAUCAUUGUAAUGAAUCAUGGUGACCUCUAAACAGGAAAUACCAUGUUCGCGCCUACGCGCCUACAUAUCUUCAUGGACUUCCAAUUUAAUUUCUACAACUGCGAUCUCAACUUACAUAUUUCUCGACACAAUUAUUCGUCUGAAUAUGCUGAAGGAAAGACGCGACGAUCUCAUAAUCGUGUAUUAUAAAUCAUUCAAAGAGACGUUAGAAUUCUUACAUUACAUUGCGCUCUCGCGAACUAUAUGGCCUUUUCGUUGUUCGAUUUUCUGCCAAGUUACUAGUUACAAGAAAGUUGACGUUGCCAAUCCUCUAAACCUCUUGCUAGAACUUCCACUAACCCAAAUAUACACCCAAUAUGGUAAUGAAAUCCAUCUUGACCUUGGUUUAAUCCCCAUAAACCUAUUUUAAUAAAAUUUUACCAACACCUGACCACGCCUUUGAACAUUACUCUCCUACGAGUGUAUGUAUAAUAAUGUUCGCUUAUACCCGAACUAGGCUCUUUCUUACUUGUUAGCAAACUUAGUACGUAUUGUGAUUGAAAACGCUAUGAUAAUUAUUAUGUACAUACAUACAUACAUAUGUAUAUGCGUUACAGCUAACACUAACUAUUUGUCUCUCCCUCUCUUUAUGUCUUUACGAUGGGUAGUAUAACUAUAAAGACACUAAAUUCAAUAAAUAUUUUUUCAACAAAUAAAUGUGGCUUAUAUCACAUGCAUUACACAAAUAUUUAUGAAAGAUUUGCGGAUUUGUAAACAAUAAACAAUAACAAACUCAUAAGAUAACUGGAAACAAACGAAAAAUUACUUCUCUCCAGCUCCUCAUGCAUUAAGUUCGCAACACACUUAUUAUAGGUACGAUAGCCGACGAAUAGUAAUAAUUCUAUAGAAGACCCAGCGACCUGCAUUGUGAAUGCAACAAGUUAGUUGGCUUGGCAACGUUCCAAUUUCGCUCAUAUACUCUACCUGCCUCCUCAGAAUGAGAAAGAACUCGUUAAUUAAGUCUCUAAAUAUUGUUAAACUCGUCUCUUCAUAUUAUAUUUUGAUGUAUGUAUGUAUGUAAUAUCUAUAACUAUCUUUACUAGUUUUAAAUAUUACAAACAACUGUUGGGUGUACAAAACUAUAUUACUCUGUGCAACAUGUUGCGAGAGUAUAAAAACAUGGCACUU